UUACCUCUUCCGCGCUGUUUUUCGAAGUGCCUACUGGGUAUGUCACGUGAUUUAUUGGACAAAAUGGCGGAUGAACAGGAUUUGGAAAUCUGAGAUAUUAUUGUCACAUAUUUGGUGUUUAUCCUUGAUUUAAUUUAAACCAGGCGAACAAAAUGCCGAUAUGUUAAAGGUUGCUAUACCACGCUUUAGGAGAGUGGAAGAAGACGGGGAUAAAGGCUCGUACACUGUAUACUGUGUAGAUGUUUAUGUCAAUGGCAGACAGCACUCUGUGGAGAAGCGUUAUAGCGAAUUUGAAGACCUACAUAAACAUCUUAAGAGGACUAUAAGGCCACCUGUGUUUCCACCCAAGAAGUUCCAGAAUUGGAAUCCAAAGGUACUUGAGAAGAGAAAGCAGGGCUUAGAGGAAUACCUACAGGGUAUUGUCCAACAAGGCAUGAUUCCUAAAUCUCUAUGUCAUUUCCUGGAUCUGAAUGCCACAUUGGGAAUGGGAAGUGAAGAAAUUAGGUCACCCUCAUCUAAGAAACUGCAAAGAUCUCUUGACCAGCUUGAUUACAAGGAGCCUUCACACCAACCCCUUCUGGCAUUUACUGAAGACCCCUUUAUACAUGCAAAAACUGAUGGAAUCCUACCUGAUAUUGUGGUAGAUGGUGUCAACAUGGGACUUUAUGGAUCAGUAGAAGAUAUGAGAUGACAUGGGGCUCAAUGUAUUAGUAAAGGAUAUGAAGUGACAUGAGACUUUUUGGGUGAAUAGAAGACAUGAGGUGACAUAUGAGUUGUGUAUCUGAAAAGGAAGGCCUUGAUUAUCUAUAUCACUCUAUAACUGUGAUCAGUGGAGAAUAUGAGGUGACAUUGGUGUUAAUGGAUUAGUA